CGUUUGUUUUCUGGCUGUCAACACGGUGUGUAAACAUCUACACGGAACAGAGCCGGGGAGAGGGGCUGCUGCAGGACGGCACGCAUUUCCUUAAUUAAUUUAAUAACGGUGAAUGGGAAAGCUUGUAUGAUAGUCUCUGUGGCCUAGCAGGGUAGAGUCCGGAAGAAAAGGCAGUGCCUGGCUGUUUCAUUGUAAGCAGGACGGAGGCAGCUAAUCAGCGCUCGUCGGCGACCAUGGCAGCCGCGACCGUCGUGGAGGCUGAUCCGGCGGCGAGCGAAGGCGGCGCGGCUUUCACUGCCGUCCAGAACUGGGACUGGGAUGAGUCUCAGCUCCGAAAAUAUUCUUUUCCAACUAAGCCCAUUCCCAGACUUUCUCAUACGGACCCCAGAGCAGAGAUGCUAAUAAACAACGAGGAACCAGUGGUUUUAACAGACACAAAUCUUGUGUAUCCAGCUCUCAAGUGGGACAUUGCAUACCUCCAGGAGAACAUUGGAAAUGGGGACUUCUCUGUUUACACUGCAGAAAAGCACAAAUUCCUCUACUAUGAUGAGAAGAAAAUGGCUAAUUUUGAGAACUUUGUCCCCAAGUCACAACGAAUGGAAAUGAAAUUCUCCGAAUUUGUGGAUAAAAUGCAUAUAACGGAGGAAAUGGGAGGAGAGGAGAGGGUAUAUCUGCAGCAGACCCUGAAUGACACAGUCGGGAAGAAGAUUGUUGUUGACUUCCUUGGUUUCAACUGGAACUGGAUCAACAAGCAGCAAGCCAAGAGAAACUGGGGACAGCUGACAUCCAACCUGCUGCUCAUAGGCAUGGAGGGCAAUGUGACACCAGCACAUUACGACGAGCAGCAGAACUUCUUUGCACAGAUAAAAGGCCAUAAGAGAUGCAUCCUGUUCCCUCCAGACCAGUUUGAGUGUCUCUAUCCGUACCCUGUGCACCACCCCUGUGACAGACAGAGCCAAGUUGAUUUUGAUAACCCUGAUUUUGAGAAGUUUCCCCAUUUUAAAAAUGUUGUUGGCUAUGAGACUGUCGUGGGCCCAGGAGAUGUGCUCUACAUCCCCAUGUAUUGGUGGCAUCACAUUGAAUCACUGUUGAACGGCGGAGUGACGAUCACUGUAAACUUCUGGUACAAAGGUGCCGCUACACCCAAGAGGAUAGAAUACCCCCUGCGAGCUCAUCAGAAGGUGGCCAUCAUGAGAAAUAUUGAGAAAAUGCUGGGAGAAGCACUCGGAGACACGCGUGAGGUCGGACCUUUACUGAAAACGAUGAUCAACGGGCGAUAUGACCAGGAUCUCUGUUAGAAACUGUUUGCCGUGUGAAAGUGACACUGCUGCGUGCGUAAUGCACAUUCUGACUUUGGAGCUACGUAUCACUGCACGGCAAGCGGCCAUUUUAAAACCAUCACGAUUCAGUCGUCUCCGAGUGCCAUGGUCAUUGCAAAUACAUCAGUCACAGAAGAAACAUCUGACUACCUUAUGGGAAUUCACCCUACUUCCAGAAGUCUUUUGUCUUUGAAGAGAAGGUCUACGUUGGCUUAUGUCUAGACAUAUUUAUGUAAAACAAUGUUCUCUCAUAAUUCAAGUUAAUGGGUUUUUGGCUGCGUUUGCUCAACCAGUCGGUAGAAGUUGUCUGAGAUCGGUACCUUUGGCACAAGCUCUACUUAAACCACUAAUGGAUGAGUCGAGGGGUUUUACAAAUACAGCACACGGUUACAGACGGGACAUUUCAUACAUGUAAUAAGACAGUUGUGGGUUGAUUUCUAAGUGUGGAGUGAUCAUAUUGUAUUCUCCAUCGUUAUCACAAAGACAGCUUUAAAACAGAUUGGGUUCGUACCUCUAUAGUUGUGUUUUUUUAAAUAUUUAUCCACGUAAUCUGCAUUAUCUCCACGCCGACAUGGUUUUAAGGGAAUGAUUCUCAAGAAUUUCCUGUUGCAAAGAAGACGGCAUGGUAAUAAAACACGGGAGACCAGUGAUAAGAAACUGGAAGGAAAUAUGUGUGGGUGUUUAAAAUAAAUAAAAGGGAGCUCAUAUAUUCAGCUGAAGGAAUAUGUGACUGCUUGCAGCUAAAUUGUUUUAGCUGAGCGACACUUCUUUGUGUUUAUUUAUGCUCUUGCUCGUUUGAUUUGUUUGACUUUAUGAAUGUGCUAUUCUGCGAACCAGUAAUAGGUGAGAGGGCACUGAAAAAUAAAUGACAUUGCAAUUUUAGUUGCAAAUACAGUUAACUUAAAUAAAUAAAAUGAAAAGGAGUCACAAGUGAGUCACUAGCUUCUUGGGAAACUCCUCAGAGUAAUUACACGUGACGUUUUCUUGGGAAUAUGAUGGUUAAACGUGGUUGAAGUGAACUGCUUAUAGAUUUAUGUUGAAAUCUUAUCAACCGACUGAACUAGCAGUGCCAUCUGCUGGGAUGUAGCUAAAUGUAUCAGCCAUUGCAGUGCAACAAAAUAUACCAUCUAGUGGUGAAGUUGUAUAUCUGCCUGGUGCUUGCACUAUACUGUUGCAAAACACAUUCAAUAUGCUGUAUUAAACGCAGCAGAUCUGAGAUGAAAUUACACUUUGAUGCGUACAAGUCUAAUUCCAGUUGGAACGCCGUACUUGCUCUUUUGAUCACUGUCUGUUAACAAUCCUCAGAAAUGCACUUAUUUUUACUUGCAUGCAGCCAUAUUUCAAAGACCUUAAAGUGACAGCGACGUGAGAGAUGGCUGUCUCUGUACAAGUUUGAAGUGCUGCUGUGAAAAUGUGCAUUAAACAAAAGGGGAGGAUCAUUUCCCAGGGUGUGCUGUAUGUGCCAACAUACAAACCAGUAGAUGGUUCUCAUAUUCAGAAAGCUUUGCUUUCCUGUGACAGAGUGGUGAACUAUUGGGAGUAUCCAGGCACUUAAUUCACCAGGAAUAUACAAGUUUUCAGGGCUUUAUUAUUAAUGUUUACCCUUUAAAGUCUUGAUAUUGUGCAUAUCUAUUUCUUAGAACUUGCACGAUGAUGGAUUUGAGAUACUUCCUCUGGGGAAAAAAUAAUUUAUCUGAUGUAAGACUGAGGUUUCAUCUCUCUAUUGCUGGGUUAACCCUGUUUACUGUAUGUGCCUUGCUUAAUUAUGGCAUGGCACUAAAUGUUACGACUUGAUUUUUUUUUUUUUAUGGUCAAAAUGUUUGUUUUCACUCUGGUAUUAAACAGCUUUAAAGGUGGGAUUGACAAGGGUUCAUAGAGAUAGAGGCAUGUUUUAUUGAUUUUAGUUUUGAACAUGCAGUACGUGCUCUCCUUGUUCCUCUGAUUAAAGUGUGUUUGCAAACUUC